CUUUUGAAAAGACAGCCGAGCUGUGGCACAUUGAAUAUAGUGGAAAACUCAUAUUUGGCAAGCCAGAAGCACGAAGCACCGGAACAAGAGCUGUGUUUCAGGAGGUAGCCUAAUUUUGCAGUAUAUGUUUUUGUUCCAAGGAGAGACGAACUCCAACCCGUUCACUCAAAGUUUCAUUGUGAAAUGAGAAAACUAUUUCUAGACAUUAUUUCAACGUGCUAGUGAAACCGCAGAGGAAAUAUUUUUUGUCCCUUUUCACAACUUCUAAAUCCACUCCACCUGUUUAUCGUGCGCGAGCUUUCAGAUCUUUCGCGCCACUAUCAAACGUCACACUUUCUCAUCAACUGAACCGUCUGGAGUGGAAAAUGUCUCGCAAAAAGGCAGUAAAGGGCAAGAACUCCAGCCCAACGGCUGGCAGCCCCACCGGAAAACCGAAAGGAAAAACCGGUAAAAGCACGACAGGGACGGGGAGCGUGGUGCAGACGAACGGUAUGGUCCAUCCGAGCCGACCACCCCUGAGCAACAGCAGUGAGUUUUAUGACAUUGCAUUCAAGGUGAUGCUGGUGGGAGACUCUGGAGUGGGGAAGACGUGCCUGCUGGUGCGUUUCAAAGAUGGGGCCUUCCUGGCAGGAAGCUUCAUCUCUACUGUGGGGAUUGACUUCAGGAACAAAGUGCUGAACUUUGACGGAGUGAAGGUGAAGCUUCAGAUCUGGGACACGGCUGGACAGGAGCGUUUCCGCAGUGUCACACAUGCCUACUACCGGGAUGCCCACGCUCUCCUGCUGCUGUAUGACGUGACCAACAAAACAUCUUUUGAUAACAUCAAGGCGUGGCUAACUGAGAUCCAUGAGUACGCCCAGCAGGAUGCAGUCCUGAUGCUGCUGGGAAACAAGGCUGAUGCCACGCAGGAGAGGGUUGUGAAGAGAGAGGAUGGUGAGAGGCUAGCCAAGGAAUUUGGAGUUCCCUACAUGGAGACGAGUGCAAAGUCUGGCCUCAAUGUGGAGUUAGCCUUCACUGCUGUGGCCAAAGAGCUGAAGCACAGGUCUAUGAAGGAGCCCAAUGAGCCCAAGUUCAAGCUCCAAGACUAUGUCAACAAAGAGAUGAAAAGUGCCGGGUGUGCAUGUUAGAGAAAUGUGUGUGUGUGUUUGUGUGUCUGUGUGUCUGUGUGCAUGUGAGUGUGUGCUUGCAUAACAAGGUAAUGGGUGACAUGGUCAUCUCUGUAAAAUUGAAACUAAAUUCCUUUCUACUGUUUAGGUUAAGGAUUACCGUUUAGAAUAAUGUUCAAUAUCAGUAUGCAUGAGAAUCUAUUACGUUAGUGGUUAGGGUCAGGUAUAUAUUCCAAAUGAUUAACUUGUAGGUAGCAUUAAACAGCCAUAUGUAACAUAUGGACUGCACUUCAGUCAGCAAGGUUUUUGCCCCAAAUCCCUUGCAUUUUCCUUUUGAAAGUAGAUGCAGUUUAAUUGCAAUUUUAGGUGCCCCCUCUGCCCUUGAUUUAGCUUGACGGUAUAAGUUAACAACUUUGCAGGGUUGAUAUCACCCACAAUUUAAUCCAAAGCAAACUGGUCAUGUGUCUAAUGCUUGUGGCCGCAAAGUGACAAAUUUAAUCAACUCAACAAAAUUUUUGUCAGACUCAAACCACAUAGUUAAAACAGAAUUCUAAAAUAAUGUCAGACAGAAGUUUAAUAAUAAAAUGAGCCUGCAAUUGCAAUAAAUCCUAUAUCCUGUCUUUUAAGAAAAAAUAAACCUCAUCAAAAAACUCUACAUUUUAUUUACGAGGUAAUUUUCACAUGCCAAGUCUCGAUAAACAAAUGCCUGUCAUAGAAGUAGGCAUGUCAAUCUAAUUUUGUGUUACAUUGCACCAAAUCAAAUUUUAUGUCAUUUGGCAUAGGUAUUCAACCCUCUCUUCAGAGACUAGCUGUUAUGUGUCUACAUAAACUUAAGAAAUUCUAUAUUUCUGACCACUAUAGUGCACAAGCUUCAAUAAAAAUUUUUAAAUUUCAACACAUGCCUCAAAGGUUUUAGAAAGCUUUUUGAGAAAAUAUCCAUCACUACACAAAUGAACAAUUCAUUGCUAUUGGCUAAUGUCACUGUACUUAAGAUGGACAGAGUAGUAGUCAUAGAAAUAAAAAUACAUGGCUAUUAUAGUUUUAUCUGAUGUCCCAAUAGGUCCGCCAUCGUACGUUGUGAUCAGUUCUGAAAGCCACUAAACACUAGUCCUGGUGGUAUUCUGUGCAGCAGCAACUUGCUCCAUAAAAAGCACAAUUGAUAUUAGAUAGGUUGGAAAUACUUUUCAUGUUUCAGUAAUAUUGUGGAAAAGCAACAUUUUUAUAUCCUUAAUUUUGUAUUUACUGAUCAAUGAACAAUAAAGCUAACCAUAGCUGGGUCAAAAUUCUGUUUGUUUUUUAAAUUAAAGGUCUCAGCUACAGUAGCUUGCUACAGUGAAUUAUGAAUCAAUGUUGCAAAAAAUGUAUGCGCAGUAAUACAUUUUUCAUCAAAUAAUGUUAUUACUAAUUGUUCAGCAGAUGGCUAUGUUGGGUAGUUUUUCCUAAUUGGUUAGCUAAUCCUAAUUUCUGACCUCCAUUUACUACACUACCGUUAGCUUACCAAAUUUAAUUAGCAUGUUGUAACUACAUAGUUUAGUGUACUGUAACUAAAAUAGUAAUUUAUACAAUUAAAUUAUAAUAUUUAUAUGGAUAUACAAUACAUACAUAUACUAUAAUGUCAAGUCACAGUUUGUUUUCAUAGCAAAAAAUACAUAAUACGUUUGUGUAAUAAUGUUUGUAUAUUGCACUAUAUUUGAAGUACUAUUCUGUGUCUUGUAUCCCUACAUUAGUUAACAUAUACACAUACCAUCUGAAUGUCCCAACAGAAAUUGAGUCUCAUCAGAC